GGCGGCGGUACGACCAGCGGCCGCCCGGCGAGCGCGCCGCCCCGCUCGGACUUCCUGUGUGUGCCGCAGCCUGCGUCCACGCGUCCUCCCGCACCAUGUCGGUGGCCGGGCUCAAGAAGCAGUUCCACAAAGCCACUCAGAAAGUGAGUGAGAAGGUUGGGGGAGCAGAAGGAACCAAGCUAGAUGAUGACUUCAAAGAAAUGGAAAGGAAAGUGGAUGUCACCAGCAGGGCUGUGAUAGAGAUCAUGACUAAGACAAUUGAAUACCUUCAACCCAACCCAGCUUCCAGAGCGAAACUCAGCAUGAUCAAUACCAUGUCCAAAAUCCGGGGCCAGGAGAAAGGACCGGGCUACCCUCAAGCUGAAGCCCUGCUCGCAGAAGCCAUGCUCAAGUUCGGAAGAGAGCUUGGAGACGAGUGCAAUUUUGGCCCAGCACUGGGUGACGUGGGGGAGGCCAUGCGAGAACUCUCGGAGGUCAAGGACUCAUUGGAUAUGGAAGUGAAACAGAACUUCAUUGACCCCCUUCAGAAUCUUCAUGACAAAGAUCUAAGGGAAAUUCAGCAUCAUCUGAAGAAGUUGGAGGGACGACGCCUAGACUUUGAUUAUAAGAAGAAACGACAGGGCAAGAUUCCAGAUGAAGAACUCCGUCAAGCUCUCGAGAAAUUUGAUGAGUCUAAAGAGAUUGCUGAGUCAAGCAUGUUCAACCUGCUGGAGAUGGAUAUUGAACAGGUGAGCCAGCUCUCCGCGCUUGUACAAGCCCAGCUGGAGUACCACAAGCAGGCGGUCCAGAUUCUGCAGCAGGUCACUGUCCGACUGGAAGAAAGAAUAAGACAAGCAUCAUCUCAGCCUAGAAGAGAGUAUCAGCCUAAACCACGAAUGAGCCUGGAAUUCCCACCUGGGGACAGUGUUCAGCCCAAUGGAGGCCUCUCGAACACAGGCACUCCCAAACCUGCAGGUGUCCCAAUGGAUCAGCCAUGCUGCCGAGCUCUGUAUGACUUUGAGCCUGAAAAUGAAGGGGAAUUGGGUUUCAAAGAGGGCGAUAUCAUCACACUCACCAACCAAAUUGAUGAGAACUGGUAUGAGGGGAUGCUUCAUGGUCAGUCAGGCUUUUUCCCCAUCAAUUAUGUGGAAAUUUUGGUCUCCCUGCCUCAUUAG